UUUAUCAAUGGCAAGCUCAAGCUCUGUGACCAACAAAAGGUAUGCAUACUUGAAAUAUGAUUGAAUUAGGGUUUCUUAUAACAUUGAAUUUUUGCAGGUUGGAAGGAAAAGUUGCAUUGAUAACAGGAGGAGCUAGUGGAAUUGGGAAACGCACCGCAGAAGUGUUCGCCCAGCACGGAGCCAAAGUAGUGAUCGCUGACAUUCAAGACGAAUUGGGGCAUUCAGUGGCUGAGUCCAUAGGGUCAUCUAUUUGUUCUUAUGUCCACUGCGAUGUGACCGAUGAGAAUCAGGUCAAAAACGCUGUCCACACAGCCGUCCAAACUUAUGGCAAGCUAGACAUCAUGUUCAACAACGCCGGCAUAGUUGAUCCCAACAAGCAUCGAAUCAUUGAUAACGAUAAGGCAGAUUUUGAACGUGUUCUCAGCGUCAAUGUUACAGGUGUUUUCCUUGGGAUGAAGCAUGCGGCACAGGCGAUGAUCCCAGCACGCAGUGGCAGCAUUAUCUCAACGGCGAGCAUAAGCUCUUACGUCGGAGGUGCAGCUUCCCAUGCAUAUUGUUGUGCCAAGCACGCGGUGGUUGGUCUAACUAAAAAUGCAGCGGUUGAGCUCGGACAGUUCGGAAUCAGGGUGAAUUGUUUGUCACCUUACGCUCUUGCCACUCCGUUGGCCACCAGCUUCGUCGGAGCUAAUGAUGAACAGCUUGAGGCUAUCAUGAACUCACUCGCUAAUCUCAAGGGUGUCACCCUCAAAACUGACGAUGUUGCCAAUGCAGCACUUUAUUUUGCUAGUGAUGAUUCAAGCUACGUCAGUGGCCAUAAUUUGCUCAUAGAUGGAGCUUUUAGCAUUGUUAAUCCUUCCUUUAACAUGUUUCAGUACCCCCAAUCUUGAUUCUCCCUACUCAUAACAUUCUGCAAAAUAAACGCU